AUGGUCGGCUUGCUCACCGACGACGUCCUCUUGGCUGGGAGCUCAGAGCUUAUGCUCAGCUCCCGGGGACGACCGAGCCUUCCCCGUAACCAGAGGGGUUGUGUGGAGCCAGUGCGGAACGUUCGUCGCGAGAUGUCAUGUGCAGAUGGGCUCGACGUUUUGGGUAUUCACAGUGACGGAGACGAAUGCCCCCCUCUUGACAACUCCUCAUCCCUCACUCCCAGCAUGCUGACCUCCUCGUUGUUCACGCUGGCCACUCUCGUCCGACGGCAAUUCGGCGACCACCUCGGGCACAACGGCAACGUGACCUGGCCAAUUCAGACGAUUCCCUACGAGGAGGACGUGCCCGCCAACUGCUCGACGCCUUGCAAUUCCUGGAAAGAAGCGACGCGGAAGGGCGCCUGCGCCAUCCCGUUGCCCAGCAGUCUUCCCCCCGCUGCACAGACCAGCGCACUGCCUGAUGGCAGCAAGCUCGCCGCUUGCCCGAUAUGGACGAUGCGAAACGAGGACGUCUGCGCUGUGCUGGACGUUCAGGCUCAGUGUCUUCUGUGCGCGUUCCCAGAGCUGAACGAAACGGCACCGGAGUACGUUGCUUCGUAUGGAGGUGUGGUGAAGGAUUGUCAGGAGCAGGGGUUCAGGUUGCCGGAGUCGGUACCGGGGAUCAACAUGCAAGACCCCACAUCUGGUGCGGGAGAACAGACAGCAGAGGCAAACGCCGGUACACCUUGGGACCAGGUUUAUAACCCGCCGCCCGCGAACACUCCCGCCGUUGCUGCAGCUCAAUCUCCCAGUAGCUCGAGCGCAGCCGCUCCAUCCGCCACCACAACGUCGGGAGCGGCACGGCUCUGGUCUCACCACGUUUUGGCUCUGGGGCUGACGGCGCUCUCCAUAGUGGCUAUCGUGUAA